UUAAAGUAAGAAUAAAAAUUCAUUAAAAGAUUUUUCUAAUGACCCUAUUAAGUCGCUUUAUAGUCAUUAUUAAGGGCAGUUGCAAAUAUCCAUUGUUGUAAGUAACUUAAAAUGUUGUGUAUUUGACAGGGGAAAUGUAAAAAAAAAAAAAAAAAAAUAGGUCACUGUAUUAAAUAGUAAUAUAGACACGUGGGCGGAAGUGGGCUACGUCAUCAAAACAGUGAGGCAGGAGGAGGAAAAGAAGCCCCGUCCGUGGAUGUGACACGCUUACAAAUACAUAGAAAACAACUCCGCGAGCAGCAGGAAAUCAUGAUCCGUCUCUCACGCCGUGCUUAACCCGCUCGACACAUCGGCACGUCGGAGCUUUGUGUAUUUUCUCCCCUUCCUUCUGCAGCAGCAUCAUGGUGGAACAGUCGGACCGAGCUCCGCUCCUGGACUGGGAGGAGAUCCCACCGCCCGAUCCGAACCAGGCGGCUCAACCUACGCCUCAGCCGCCGCGAGAAGAAGACUCCGCAGCGGAGAAAAGUGCGCCGACAGACACUGCGGCUGGUACUGGGUGGAGCAGCAGCACCACCAUCGACGCCACCACCAUCAUCAUCCCCCCCGGCCCGACACGCAAUGUGACAGCUGCUGUUGUUGUCAAAGGGGACGGAAGCCCGGGCCGAACAGAGCUGUCCGGGCACGGCUGGGAUCGCCCGCAGCCUCUCGGUACAGACCGUAACGUCCCUUUCCCCGGCCUCUCAGUGAAGGAUCAGUGGGAGGAAAAAGACCAGAUAGUGGCCGUGUUUGUGGUUACCUUUGAUACAAGAUCAGGGAAUAUGAUAGAGUGGUGCCUGCCUCAUGACAUCAACUUGGAUGGUGUUGAAUUCAAGUCAAUGGCCAGCGGUUCUCAUCGGAUCACCAGCGACUUCAUAUAUUUCCGUAAGGGUGGCUACUUCGGUCUGGCAUGUUUUGCAAACAUGCCCGUGGAGAGUGAGCUGGAACGAGGAGCGAGAAUGAAGUCUGUGGGAAUUUUGUCUCCGUCCUACACUCUGCUCUACCGUUACAUGCACUUCCUGGAGAACCAAGUCAGACACCAGUUGGAGUGUCCUGGCCAGUAUUCUCCACUAGAGGCCUUCUACGAGGAUAAGAAGGCCAUUCUUCCCCCUACAGGAAACGGACUAGUCACCGCCUGCCCGACCUGGAGUGUUACCAAUAUAAGCCGCUGCAUGCACCCUGAAAUGAAGAUCACCCACCCGGCUGGCUGCAUGUCCCAGUUCAUCCAGUUUUUCGGGGAGCAAAUAAUGGUGCUGUGGAAGUUCGCGCUGCUUCGGAAGCGCAUACUCAUCUUCUCCCCUCCACCUGUAGGAGUUGUCUGCUACAGGGUGUAUUGCUGUUGCUGCCUGGCCAACGUUUCAUUACCUGGCAUUGGAGUUUCUGUGCCUGAAUUACGGCCUUUCUUCUACAUCAACAUAGCCGACAUCUCUGCCCUGGAAACAGAGCUGUCAUACGUGGCCUGCACCACGGAGAAGAUCUUUGAGGAGAAAAAGGAGCUGUAUGACGUCUAUAUCGAUAACCAGAAUGUGAAAACUCACAGAAGCUAUUUGCAGCAGCUGCUCAGGCUGAACGCAGCAGACAAGGAGAAAUACAGGAAGCUGACUGAGCAGAGGCAACUGCUGCUGUACUCUCAGGAGGUGGGUGAAGACUGCACAUCAAAUGAAGAGGAUCUUUUCAUCCUGUUCUUUAUGGAGCUUAAUAACCGCAUCUUCCAGACCCUGUCAGAGGUAGCAGGAAGCGCCGACCCCACUCUCACUGGUGAGCACGUGAGGGCCAUGGGGCUGGAUCCCCAGGGAGAUCGAGCAUUCCUUGCCGACCUGCUGGAGGUUUAUGGUUUCGAUGUAACACUGGUCAUAGACAACCUCUGCUGCCCCUGAACCCCAUUCAACCGGGAAACUCGGAAGCCACUGGAUUAUAUGUGCCUACUAGGGUCACAAAUACAAGACUCUGAAGACACUGCCUCCAUCCUGGGACUUCAUCUGCUCUCUUCUGUGUGUGUGUGUGUGUGUGUGUGUGUGUGUGUGUGUGUGUGUGUGUGUGUGUGUGUGUGUGUGUGUGUCUCAUCUUAACCUGAGGAGACUGUUUCUAACCACUGUGGGAGAAAAGGACACCUAACAUUGUGCACUUCUUCACAGUGGGUGAUAAACACCAAUACUGCUGAGCAGACUUGUCAUCCUGUGGCCAUUAACAUCUUAUGCGAGUCACUUCUUGCUGUUUUUGUCCGAACCACAGUUUUCUUGUGUGCACAUUUGUUUGACUUUGAUUAAGUGACCAGGACUGAAGCACUGGAUGAAAAUGUAAACGAGUCUGAUGAUUGCACCUGCUACUGUAGUGAAGUCACUGGCACUUUGACGUCCACUUCUGGUUUGUCUAAAGAAUGGAUUUAAGGUUCCUCGAAAUGAAUUUGUGCACUUCAGAUAUCUUUCCUGGAAAAUCACACAGACCUCAGAAUAACAGCUGUAAUUCUGUUCUUAUGUUUUUUUUUGUCUGACUGAUUCUGAAAAUGGUUGAGGGGGGAAAAAAGCUUUUGGACCACGUUAAUUGCCUUUGAAAAAGGAAGCAAUAUGAAUCUGAAUGAUAAGGGAAAAGCUGUUCUAAGGACCUUGCUCACCUUCAUGCACCUUAAACAAUAUUUAGAUAUCACAGAGUGCAGGGGAUCGAUGUGUUCUGGAAACUUUUUGCAUUGUUGUACGUCGAAGCUUCUCAUUUGUCAUAAUUGGUGGAAGACUUUUCAAUGAAUGUGUAACUCUUAUUGUGAAUGCUGCACCACGUCCGCCACUGGACUGUUUCCCGAUGCACACAGUCAUGCUUAAAUUGAACUUUUUAUAUGCUGUUUUUAUGAUUUACAGUCUGAGCCAUCUAGUUAUUCUAGAGCAGGAGCGCCUGUAAAUGUCUUUUCUUUGUCAAACUACUGUAGAGCCUUGUUCAUGAGCAGAAGUUCAUAUAUCUCUUAGAAUUCUGCUAACUAAAGAGUAAUCGAUGAAGCUGUUUGUUGAUCAACUUUCAAGAGCUCCUUUUCAGCUGUGUUCAUGACAAAGAUCUCUUUGUGUGCGUUUAAAAAAAAAAACCUGUAAUGUCCUGAGCCGAGCAGAAGCUUUAACUCCUCCUCUGUGGGCAAAUUCACGGAAAGGACUCGGUCUGUUCCGUCUGUUUUUCCUCAGUCCUUUCAUCAGUGAAUCCAGCUUUAGAAAUGGCCCAACUGUGUCUUUUGAAUACUGCUGGCAGAGUGCUUUUAUUUCAGCCACCCCUUUGCCAACCACGGUGAUAAUUUGUUCCAUGUUGGAACACAUAAGUCUGACAUUUGCCUUGUAUAAAAUUGAAGAAGUGGUUUUAUCUCUCUCUCUGACAUACUCCACCCGAGGAUAUUUUUUCUGGCUUUGUUAAGAAAAUACAGUGCACUAAGUGUUGUAUAUUUAAGAAAAGGGUUGUAAAGGGGACCUAUUCUGCAUUUCCUUAGUGUCUCAUAUACGCUCAUACUAAACAUGGCCAAAGUUUCAAAUAAUGAGGUCAGGGAAGCAGAUUCUCACAGUGUUAUAUAUUGAAAAUGUUGCCUCUGCGUAGAUGAGAAGCCCCACCUCCUGUUCGUGAGGGGCAGCCAAUCAGAAGAAAGUUGGCUGAAAGGGAGAGAAACUAAAACGUCAAAGAUCUGCACCACAGCCCAGUGUUUAAGACAAAUUAGGAUUAUUUUGAACUCUGAGUCAUGCAAAGCAACUCUAGUAGUAUCCAUUCAAAAACAUAUGGACCUGGAAAUGAGCAUCGUAGGUCUCCUUUAAGCCCGUUUUUUUGAAUGGGGCCUUAUCAUAAUGUGACUUUUUUCAACAAGAGCAAGGUGACUAAUUUCUCUGUGUACAUCAACAUUAACUGCUAAAAGAUUAGGUACACUGUCACAAGCACUUCAGAAUGACCUUAGCUUUUCCAGGAUUGACUACCUAGCCUGUUGACUUAUCAGCUGAUAUAUCAUCUUCCCUCUGACAGCGUUUGCUUUCCAGGUGUAUGUUUAAUGUUUAAAAGAAAAAGAAAGGGAAUGUACACAACACCAACCACUGUAUAAAAUGCCUUCUUUGUGGAACUGUUCACAGAUGUGUACCAGCAUUAGCUAAAUGAUUCGUCUGUACAGCCGUUUCACAUUACUGAAUGUCAAAGACGGCAAAAGUAUUGCACACAUGCAGCAACGUAUCCAAGUAGUGUGACUGUUUUCUUCUUGAUUGUAAGAGUAUUCACACAAUAACAAGUCUUCACCUCUACUAAUGCGAAAUACUGUAAGAGAUGUCAGUAAUGUACACGAGAACUCAAUAGCAUGAGCAACUGUCAGUUUCACUGUACUGCCAUUGUAAAACAAUAAAACACUGAUAUGGUUCAAGUGUUAUCUAA